CUCACAUUUGGGACUGGCUCUGUGGGCCUCGUUUGCACGGAGGCCACAUAUGUCCAUCUCGUAGAGCCACAUUGGAAUGCCAUGGUGGAGGGAAGGGUCAUCGCGCGUGCGCAUCGAACUGGGCAAGACAAGCCAGUGACGGUGUGGAGGUGUGUGGUGGAGAACUGUGUUGAGGAAAGUAUCGUGCGGAAGCAGAAACGGAAGCUAUGCUUG